AUGCCUUUGACACAGGAAACUGAUCCCGCAAAGGACGAGAAAAAUAUUGAUGCUCCAGUGGAAACCUCAAGUUCUUCGGAUUCAAAAGCCGAGAAAAAGGAAGACGAUGCCGCUGCCAAAGCACUUGCGCGAAAUGAAAAAUUCAAAGCACUUCGGGCCAGAGCGAAAUCUGGCACAGAACGUAACAUGAAAGAAACCGCAGCAGAAACUCGACGCCUCGCUACUGACCCGAGCGUCCUUCAUUCGCUGUCCCGAAAACACGCAUUUGCCUCCCAUAACCUGCUCAAGGCCGAUACUGAAGCAGCAGGAGAAGAUUUCGAACGCAAGCGAGCAUGGGACUGGACGGUUGAAGAAUCUGAGAAAUGGGACCGUCGUAUGGAGAAAAAGCAAAGGCAUCGAGAUGACGUGGCCUUCCAAGAUUAUACACAGGAUGCUAGAAAGGUGUAUAAACGACAGAUGCGACAGCUGCCCGCAAACUUGGAGGCAUAUGAAAAAGAGAAGUUGGCUGCCAUUGAGAAGGCCGCAGCCAGUGGUGAUCUUGAGAUUGUCGAAACGGAAGACGGAGAGAUGAUUGCAAUCGACAAGAAUGGAACCUUUUACUCCACCGCCGACAGCGUGGGCUUUACAGAGAGCAAGCCAGAUCGUGCUGCCGUAGACAGAUUGGUCGCCGAUAUUCAGAAGGCCGAGGAGGUGCGCCUGAAGAAACGCAAGGAACGUCGCGGUGAUGAUGAUGCCGAUGUGACAUACAUCAAUGACAAGAACAAGCAGUUCAACCAGAAGCUGGCGCGCUUCUACAACAAGUACACGACUGAAAUCCGUGACAGCUUUGAACGCGGUACCAUGAUUUAA